AUCUCUUUUUAUUUUCAGAUAAUACAAUUCAACGACGGAUUCCAAGUGACGCUAAAAAGAAAACGUAGAACGCUCAUUCAAACGGCCAUUACAUCCCGCGCGUAAACGAUGGUGUCGUUGCAUUAUCGAUAGGUGGCACACGUCGCAAUGAUCACGCCUCCUCUCGCCGGCGGCAUGAAACGUCGGCAGUGACCAGCUGGUGUCCGUGACCGGGCCGGAUUGGCAGAGCAAUUGGCAGAGCAAUCGGGAACGUGGGUGGACGUAGAAGAGACGAGAGCCAGAGCGUGAGCGAUUGGCGUACACAGUGUACCGCUUUACGUGUUGGGUUACAUCGUGCCGCACCUCCCCUCCCAUCAACCCUGCGCACUCGCCAUUGCUACCUGCGUCUCUCUCUAUCUCAUUCUUUCUCUCUCGGUCGCCGCGGCUUGACAGAGCGACGGUUCGACCGAUCACAUUUUCACACGCGACCGGAAGGAGGAAGCCCACCCUUGUUUGCGCUCUUUUAUUUCCCAAGGCCCACUCGCUUUUCCAUGUCAACGACACGUGCGCUCCUCGCGAAGCCAGCAGCACAUCACGCUCCUCACGUCGCCGUCGCCGUCGUCGGGAAAUUGUUACUGUCGCGUACAUCGCAUCCACAUCACUGGGAGGUACCGCCGAGCUCCACCGACGGCGUCGAACGUCGGUAAUCGAGGAGGUGGAGGAGGAGGAGGACGUACGGUCGCGUCGGCGGCGCUCCAGCCAGCCUGAGAUGAGCGACCAUGGCUGCAUACAUUUGAAUAAUUUUAAAGCAGCCAAGGGUAUCCAGCCGUACAAAGUCAUACACUCCUACUUCGUCACGAGUACGUCGACCGAGGCACGCGUCAGGAAGGCUGUGAGCUGUCUGUGUCAUACAUGUAAGACUUACAAGGAUCGCCUACAUUCUUGUCUUCAUUGUAUAUUUUUUGGCUGCUAUGUAAAGGGCCACAUACAGGAGCAUGCGAAAACGAAGAAGCAUUUUCUAGCUGUUGAUUUAUGUUACGGAAAUAUCUUGUGCUUCCAAUGCGGCGACUACGUAUACGACAGAGAGUUACUAGCGGUGGCGAAGGCGCAAUGCAGCGAAUCGGCGAAAUCCUUGAGUCUGGGAGAGUUUUAUCGAGCAUGGGAACCUACGCAGAUAGAGGCAGAGUUGUUGAGGAAGCAUCCACGUCGAAGGCGCGUCGUAGAAAAUUCCACUAUAGGUUUAAGGGGUCUAAUCAAUCUCGGAAGCACUUGCUUCAUGAACUGUAUCGUACAGGCCCUUAUACACACUCCGCUGCUGCGGGAUUAUUUCCUUGCUGACCGUCACCACUGCCCGCAACCGAGUCGCUGUCUGGUCUGCGAGGUAUCCCACUUGUUCCAAGAGUUUUAUUCUGGCAACAAGGUUCCGCUGACGCUCCACAAGCUUCUCCAUCUGAUCUGGACGCACGCCAGACACCUGGCGGGGUACGAGCAACAAGAUGCCCACGAAUUUUUCAUCGCUACGCUGGACGUCCUCCAUAGACACUGCGAAGCUGCUCCGAUACUGGUCAAAGAUAAUCCCCAUCAUUGCAACUGCAUUAUUGAUCAGAUAUUCACCGGAGGUCUCCAGAGCGAUGUCGUUUGUCAAGCUUGCAAUGGGGUGUCUACCACAAUCGAUCCAUUUUGGGAUAUAUCUCUGGAUCUCGGUCCGACAGCUGGUGCCUCUGGUUCCGAUACAUCCGGGCCUCCUACGUCCCUGCUGGAUUGUCUGGAAAGAUUCACCAGGGCCGAACAUUUGGGCUCCACCGCGAAGAUCAAGUGCAGCAAUUGCCAGACUUAUCAGGAAAGUACGAAGCAGCUAACGAUGAAGCAACUGCCGAUUGUAGCGAGCUUUCAUCUGAAGCGCUUCGAGCACUCGAGUAUACAGGAUAAGAAGAUUUCCAAGGAAAAGAAGAUCUCGACAUUCAUCUCGUUCCCGGAGCAGCUGGACAUGACGCCGUUCAUGUCGCACAAACGCAAUGGCAAUAACAAUAGCGCCAUGAUCGAUGGCUUGUCGAAGAACGGAGAAGAUAUCACUUUCAGUGACAACAGAUAUUCCUUGUUUGCUGUGAUAAACCACGAAGGCACUUUAGACCGAGGACAUUACACGGCUUUCAUCCGACAACAGAGGGAUCAAUGGUUCAAAUGCGACGAUCAUUUGAUAACUCGAGCUAGACUGAAAGAUGUCUUGACUAGCGAAGGGUAUCUCCUGUUUUAUCAUAAGCAGAUCUUGGAAUACGGACGAAAUACCAAGAGAAAGAGGAAAGAGGAAGAAGAGGAGAGGAAGAAAAAUUAAGUCAUAUAUAUUAAUUUAUUUAAAACAAUGAAUUUAAAGAAAUGCUGCUGAAGCUAGACGUCGGUGACGCUUUACGUUUGCCGGAAAUAAAUUAUUGUCGCCGUCGCUUUUUGGUUUCCGCUGGCGCCUUUUAUGCUCGACAGGGUACGUGUCGAAGGACUGCCCCAGUCGACGUGUCUAUGUGUGUCCCGAACGUAACGUAAGCGUAGAUGUUAAGAUUAGCUCAAUUUUUUUAAAUCAACCGAUCGCAAUUUUUGUAUAUCGCUGACUAUUGUUAUACUCCUGCCCUUGACACUCGUAUACACGAUAUACGCCGGGGAUGCGCCUCCGCGUUUACUUCGUUUUUUUUUAUUUUCUGCACGUAUCAGCGGAGUGUCGAUGCUUCCGAUCAUUGAAACCAUGCAACCAUGUAAUUCCAGCAUGCUCGUAAUACACGUCCGGUAUUGUCGUGUCAGACGUCGGAUUUUCUAACGAUGUUCACUGAUUACUUGAAAUGCUUUCAUAAUUAUGAGGUGUGAUCGAACAAAAACGUAUCGAAAAAUCGAGUAAAAGGAAGACCCUUGACAUUAAGGGGAAAACAAUUAAAGUUUUACCGCAGGAUUCGCUAUGCGACGACCUGACGCUUUCUCGCGUGUACUUGUUAAUGAUGAUAACGGGGCCAUCCCCUAGGCGACUCAAUUUUGUACAGACGAAGUAACGUGUUUACAGCGAAUAUGAGAACAUUGUCUGAUGCGAGGCGAACUCUUUCGCUGGACUUUGUAUAAUAAAAAUCGCUGUUCGACAAAAAAAAAACUGUCGCUCUGGUUGCCCGUUCUGUCUCUUAGUUUUCACAGAUAUCUUUUUGUCGGACUUUUAAUUAAAUUUACCCGUGGUACGUACGUGUCGCAACCAAAGUGCCAAAUACUCGGAAGCGCGACGCCAGAAUUCGCAUUCUGGGCCCAACCGUUUUAAUUAACACAGGUUUUCACUGAUGAGUACAGAGUAUAAUGAGUCAUUUAAUAGUAAUGGCAGUUUUCCUUUAUUUUAUCAGUUUGAUUUGUCUUUUUAUUUGUAAAUCUCUCUCUAAUCUUCUUUUUGUAUUCUCCACUGCACUCCUAUAUCACGCAGCGUGAGAGAUUACAAACUCGGCGGCCCUGUCCCGGUUGUUGUUGUCGUUCGUGAAUUACACAUCGUGCGAAGUGAGUUUAAUACGAUUACAUAUCGUAUAAGUAACAGGUAUACUCUUAUAUCGAGGCAGGUAAACUUUUCGUACACGGUGUACAGUGUGGCCUAGAAAACUGCGUAUUAUUUUACUCUGUGCUCCUUGGUUUCCACAUUGUGUUCAUCGAGCAAGCACACUGCGCGUCAGAGUUCAUCCCUUCGGCGUUUUUCCGGUCGCUCCGAUCGCUCCUAGCUCUGAUCGAUCGGUCAUCCUGAUCCAUGUCGAUCCAUGUUGAUCCACAUCGAUCCACUCGCACCGAGUUUCGGAAUAGGUCCGUUGUGACACACUAUCCACACGACCAAUGCUAUGUACGUUGGGAGAUGAUACUACUACACGUGCAGUUGUAACGUUUUAUAUAAGGCUGAAGUAUACAUAUAUACUUAUAAAAAAUAAAUAUUAUAUUUCAUCGAGA